CUGCAAUAGUGUAAUACCUCGGUAACGUGUGUGUAAAAGUGAUAAACAGAACUCCAGGGUGCCGACGUGAGUCAGCCAGGUGGCACACAUGCACAUUGAAAGUCAAAUGCAACCGUUAAUUCUCCCCUGAUAAUCAUUCCUUUUUUUUUCUGCUCUCGUGUCAACAAGUGUUCCACAUUUUGUAUAUUCAAAAAAAAAGGAUUUGAGGGGCUUCAGUGACAAUGGCAGCGCAUCCAGAGGUCGGAAUCGGAGAUUUUGUUCUUCUCGAUGAAAUCACCAUCGAAAAUGUCGUGAAAAAUCUCAGAACAAGAUUUUCGGGGGGUAAAUUUUACACGUACAUCGGCGAGGUGUGCGUCAGUGUAAAUCCGUACAGGACAACUCACGAGUAUGAAACCGAUCAAAUAAAUAAAUACAAAGGGCGAGAGCUGUUUGAAAAUCCACCUCACAUAUUCGCGAUAGCCGAUGCUGUCCAUCGCGAAAUGAAACAACAAGGUCGUGACACAUGCAUUGUCAUAAGUGGAGAGUCUGGUUCUGGCAAAACCGAGGCCAGUAAAAUCAUAAUGAAGUACAUAGCUGCAAUCACUAAUUUAUCCGGACAGCAGGAGAUUGAGAGGGUGAAAAAUGUACUUAUACAAUCUAAUUCCAUUCUUGAGGCAUUUGGAAAUGCCAAGACCAACAGAAAUGACAAUUCAUCGAGAUUUGGAAAGUACAUGGACAUUAAUUUUGACUUCAAGGGUGAUCCUGUUGGGGGUCAUGUCACGAAUUAUCUCCUCGAAAAAUCUAGGGUCGUUUAUCAGCAGAAAGGAGAGCGAAAUUUUCACUGCUUUUAUCAGUUAUUGAACGGCUGUAGUGAAAUGGAAUUGAACUCUCGGGGUUUAGUCUCGGAUCCGAGUGCCUAUUACUAUAUUAGUCAUGGAAAAAAUAUAACAACAGACAGGAGUGAAUAUAAAGCAGUGAAUUCUGCUCUGAGCACCCUGAGGUUUUCUCCGGAUGACGUUAAAACCCUCUGGAACGUUGUCUCGGGGAUUUUGCAUUUGGGCAACGUGAGGUUCACUCUGGAGGAUGAUAAAUUGGUGAUUGAGAAUAAAAAGGCUUUGAGUGAUGCUGCGAAACUCUUUGGGAUUCAGAGUAAUGAGCUGGGGAGGGCUCUCUCAGAGAGGGUCAUUGCAGCUGGGGGUGAGGUCAUGCAGAAGAUUCAUGGACUCAUGGAGGCCGAAUAUGGGCGAGACGCUCUGGCUAAAGCAAUAUACGAUAGACUUUUUUCGUGGAUAGUGUCACGAAUAAACGCGUGUAUAAACGUUCACGACGAUGACACAUUCUACAAACGAUACCGGGGCACGGUAAUCGGUGUUUUGGAUAUUUACGGCUUUGAGAUAUUCGAGGUGAAUAGCUUCGAGCAAUUCUGCAUCAAUUAUUGCAACGAGAAAUUGCAGCAGUUGUUCAUAGAAUUAGUACUGAAACGCGAACAAGAGGAGUACCAGAGGGAGGGGAUUGCUUGGCAGGCCAUUGAGUAUUUCAAUAAUCAAAUUAUUUGCGAUCUCGUGGAGCAGAACCACAAGGGAAUAUUAGCGAUAAUGGAUGAAGCAUGUUUGAACGUCGGAAAGAUUACUGAUGAGAUGCUGCUGGAGGCGAUGGACAAGAAGCUAUCAAAUCACAAGCACUACACAUCCCGUCAGCUGAGUCCAAUGGACAAGCAGCUGGAGCACAGAAAACAAUUCCGAAUAAAGCAUUACGCUGGUGACGUUGUGUACGACAUAAACGGUUUUCUCAAUAAAAAUAAGGAUACGCUCUUCCAGGACUUCAAACGUCUGAUGUACAGUAGUAGCAGUAGAAUAAUAAGUGAGAUGUGGCCAGAGGGUUCUGAGGCCAUCACGAAAACCACCAAGAGACCCCUCACAGCUGGCACUCUAUUUCGAAAUUCAAUGAUUGCUCUGGUGAAGAAUUUAACCAGCAAAGAGCCCUUCUACGUGCGCUGCAUUAAACCCAAUGAAGUUAAAUCCCCAGUGCUGUUCGACGAGGAGAGGGUUGAGCACCAGGUGCGAUACCUCGGCCUCCUCGAGAAUAUUCUGGUGAGGAGGGCUGGUUUCGUGUACAGACAGAGGUACGACAAAUUUCUCAAGAGAUACAAAAUGAUAUCUCAGUACACGUGGCCGAAUUAUCGAGGGGGUAGUGACGAGGAUGGGGUGAGAACACUACUCGAGGAGAAGGGAUUUGCACAUGACGUUAAGUAUGGACGCACCAAGGUAUUCAUACGAUCGCCGAAGACUCUGUUUGCCCUGGAGAAGGCUAGAAGCGAUUUGAUACCUGGGAUUGUCGUACUCCUGCAGAAACAGUGGCGGGGAUACAUCUGCCGGAGGGAGUAUAGGAAAAUGAAGGCAGCGAUUGUCAUGAUGGAGCAUUACAGGAGGAUGAAGAGGCGUCGGUAUAUCUGUGAGUUGGAGAGAAUAUUCAGGGAUGCCAAGAGUAUGCCCAAGUAUGGGAAAAAUUUGCAGUGGCCACACGAAAAUUUUGCUGUUAGGCAUGUGGUGAAUGCCCUGAGGAUGAUGUUUGCCAGGUGGUAUGCUUGGAUGAUCCUGAGGAAAAUUCCCAGGGAGGAGUGGCCGCAGUUGAGGCUCAAGAUGGCUGCGGGCGCAGUUCUCAGGCCCAAGAGGCAGCACUGGGGACAGGAAAGACGGUGGGAGGGCAAUUAUCUCUCGAGGCCCGACGAAAAUAAUCACUACGAUAUUUUCAACUCGUCAAUCAAUAAUUUAAAAAAUUCUGAUCACUUUAAAACAGUUUUAUUCAGUGCCUUCAUCAGGAAGACAAACAAAUUUGACAAACAAGCGGAUCGCGUUCUCGUUAUAACCGAGCACGCGAUAUACAAAAUGGAGAGUUCGAAAUUUAAGACUAUGAAAAAAGGCAUUCCCAUCACAGAAAUAACUGGCAUCAGUGUGUCACCAGGGAGGGAUCAGCUUGUCACGAUUCAUUCGAAUAGAGGAAAUGAUUUUAUUUUCACCAUCACAGCUAAGGAUAACAGAGUGGGAGAGGUCGUUGGCGUAUUGUGUACGAGAUAUUAUCAGCUGAGAGGGAGUGAUCUGAUGGUGACAGUCGACACACGAUUUAAAUGCAUGAUUGGAAACAAAAGUCGAGUAUUGAGGGUCGAAGUGAGACCAGACGUAUCCGUCCCAUCGUUUAUCAGAGAGGGUGAUCAAAUAGUUCACGUUGUGCCACCGUCUGUUAAUAUUAUCGAUGCUGGCGUCAACGGUAGGCAACAUCUUCGAUGAACAAAUACCCAAAAUAUAAAAAAUAUUAUAAAUAAUUGGGAGUACAAAAAAAGUGGUACUUAAAAAACAUAAUUGCUGUUGAAAUAUGGCCUUGAAGUAAUUUGAGAUAAAAAUAGUAGUAUUUGUAUUGCCCAUUGAUAAUCCGCUGGCCGAUUUGUUUAUUCUCUCAAUUUAUUUUAUAAUAUAUAAUAUAUAUAUAUAUAUAUGUUGUAUAUCUCUUUCAUCUAGAAAGUGUAUUUUUAUACAGUUUUUAUCACUCGGAAUGACCAACAUUACACGAUAAAAAUUCCAUGUUUGUGCCAUGCGAGAGAGUAAUUAUUUUCUUUAUUCUACAAAGAAAAUGUCAGUAGCGAUUAAUUGAGGGACAACACAUCCCGUUUUUUUUCGAGAUAUCUCAGGAUCCAAUGGAUGUAUUUCAUUUUUUAUCAGGACCUUUUUUGCGGAGGGAAAACAGACCUACAAAAACUAUCCUGAUAAGAAUUUCAUUAUAUCACGAGAUAUUCCUGAAAAAUUUAUUAUCGAAGUGUUGUACUUUAUCCCUCCACCACUGGAAUAAUUACUCCACUGCAGACAGAAGUAAAACCUAAUAAAAUUAAUUUAAACAGA